UCCUCAACACUAUCCUCCACACUAUCCUCAAUGUCUUCAGAAUUCUAUUCCAACACCCACGACCUCCUAGGGCCAGUGAAUGUCACUGAGCUGCCGGAGGACAUGCAGUUCAACGACAGCACUGUCAUCUUCAUCGCCUGCUACACCGUCAUCAUGGUCGUGGGGGUGGUCGGGAACAUGUGUGUUCUUCGUGCCAUCUUGGCGGGCUCACGACGACACAGGAAGUCGCGGGUCAACUUCAUGCUUCUGCAUCUUGCUAUCGCUGACCUCAUCGUAACGCUGUUAUGGCAGCUUUUAUUGCCCAUAGCAAUUGGCUGGAGCAGCUCGCGGCAAAUCUCAUUUGUAGGCUCAAUAGCCUCGAACAUUUGUUCUAUGCUCUUAAGAUUCUUCGCGGUUGUGUACCCACUGAGCCUGAGGGCAGCGUCCCGGCGAGGCCAGCUCAUGCUGGCCGUGGCGUGGCUCUUAGCCUGCAGCUGCUCCGUGCCACAGAUGUUGAUCUUCCACGUGGACCGCCACGAGGUACACCGGCACUACCGUCAGUGCGUGACGUUCGGCUCCUUCCCGUCCCUUCGUCAUGAGAUGGUGUACAACCUCUUCUGUCUGACGAUGUUAUACGUGGCACCCAUCACCAUCAUCGUCAUGUCCUACGGUGCCAUCGUCAUCACUAUCGUCCGCAAGACUAAACUCACCGCUGAUGAAUACUAUUCCAACACCCACGACCUCCUAGGGCCAGUAAAUGUCACUGAGCUGCCGGAGGACAUGCAGUUCAACGACAGCACUGUCAUCUUCAUCGCCUGCUACACCGUCAUCAUGGUCGUGGGGGUGGUCGGGAACAUGUGUGUUCUUCGUGCCAUCUUGGCGGGCUCAAGACGACACAGGAAGUCGCGGGUCAACUUCAUGCUUCUGCAUCUUGCUAUCGCUGACCUCAUC